AUGUUUAAAACAGAUUCUGGAAAGGCUGAACUGAAGGAAGCCCAAGAAAGAGUUGACGGAAUUGUUGAGAAUGGCCCGAGUGGUGUUCAGAAAGCCGAAGCGGUAGUGCUUGCAUGGAGCAAAAACACCGUGUUUGCCAUCUACGCUUGGAUUUGGGUCUGCUUUUUCAUGUUGGCGUUCCAUUCCUCGAUCGGUACCAACGUGAUUUUCAACGCCUACGCCAACUUCAAUACCGCCCCUCAAAUUUCCACCGCAGCGAUCCUAGCCACCGUCGUAGGUGGUGUAGUGAAGCUUCCCAUCGCCAAAAUCCUGAAUAUCUGGGGUCGAGCUGAGGCCCUCACUAUAUUCACGGGACUGUUUUUGCUAGGGAUAAUCAUAUUGGCGUCAUGCGAUGGGCCGAAUGGAUUUGCGGCGGGAUACGUUCUGUACUGGGUUGGCUACAACGCCAUCUACCUAAUCCUUGAUGUCUUCAUUGCUGAUACAUCCGGGCUGAGGAACCGGGCAUUUGCGUUCGCCUUCUCCAGUACGCCAUUCAUUUGCACCGCAUUCACGGGUCCAUUGGCUGCCAAGUCCUUCUUAAGUAUGACAACUUGGCGCUGGGCAUAUGGAGCAUUUUCCAUUAUUUUCCCAUUUGUCCUGCUGCCCCUCGCUGUCGUGUUCAAAUUCUACGAGAUCAAAGCUAAGAAGCUGGGAUUGUAUCACAAAGCGGAAAGCAACCGCACUUGGUCUCAAUCCGUCGUGCAUUAUGUCCACGAGUUCGAUAUCGUCGGUGCCGCUCUGUUGAUGGCAACGUUUAUUUUGCUACUACUGCCAUUCAGUCUGGCAAUCUAUGGACGGGCUGAAUACGGAUCUGCCACAUUCAUUGCCAUGCUAGUCAUUGGCUUCUGUUUGUUCUUUGUCUUUGUGGCAUGGGAAAAUUUCUGUGCUCGCAAGCAAUUUAUUCAGUACGAUUUGCUGAAGCAGCGGACAGUUCUCGGUGCCUGUCUACUGUCAGCUCUGCUCAAUCUCGGCUACGCUGCUUGGGAUCUCUAUUUCCUCAACUUUGUCAUGGUGGUGUACGACCUCAGUGUGUCGGACGCAGGCUAUAUGAACCAGAUAUACAACAUUGGAUCUUGUUUCAUUGCGCCUGUGUUUGGUCUUUAUAUCCGACAAACCAAACAUUUCAAGAACGCUUGUCUUUUCUUCGGUCUUCCAUUGAUGCUUCUUGGCUCAGGGUUGAUGGUUCACUUCCGCGGUCAAGAUGACGGUAUUGGAUACAUUGUCAUGUGUCAGAUCUUCAUCGCUUUUGCCGGUGGCAUUUUGGUCAUCGGACAGGACAUGGCCGUGAUGAGCUCAGCUGAUCAUGACGGAGUGCCAAUGAUGCUUUCAAUCCUUGGACUUUUCGCUAGUCUGGGUGGAGCCGCUGGAAACACUGUUGCCUCUGCUAUCUACGCCAACGUCUUUCCAAGCACUUUGAUAGCGAACUUGCCCGCAGAGGCACAGGCUAAUUGGACGGAUAUAUACCUUGGGGGGUAUUUGAAGCAGAUGAAUUAUCCCAUGGGAUCAGAGAUUCGGACCGCCAUUAACUUGGCCUGGGGUGAUACCCAGAAGUAUAGCUGUAUCGCAACCACUGCUGUCGUGGCACUUGGUUUGCCUUGUAUUGCUAUCUGGAGAAACGUCAAUGUCGGCGACAAGAAGCAGGUCCCUGGAACUGUCCUUUAG